AUGUUGUUCAUAAAAUUGAUCAUUUCGCACGUCCUUUUGAUUUUAUUUUUUUUUUUUUUGGUGGUGGAUUUUCAGGACCUUUUUUUCUUUAAGCAAAGAAAAUUCUCAACAACUAAACAACCAUCAAAUCAACAAAGAACAAUGAUCACUCCUGAUUUAUUACUAGAUCCUCAAUUGAAGUACUGGGUAUUAUUACCUAUCUCUGUGGCAAUGGUAUUAGUUGGAUUGUUAAGAUCCAAUGCCACUUUUUUACUACAAACCCAACCCAAAUUGGAGGCCUACAAGACUGUUCGUGAAGGUCAAUUUCUUCAUCGUGCUAGAUGUUUCCGAGAAAACAAUUCCGUUUUGAAUGAUAGUGACUUUGAAAUCCGCAAGAAGUAUUUUAUUGAUAAAUUAAACUCCGAUGAGUUUAUUGCCAAAAAACCAGCUGCCAAUGGUGCUGAAGACCCCAUGGCGGCUCUCAACCCAGGAUCCAAUGAAGCUCUUAUGCAAAUGGCCAAGGGGAACUUGAUGAGUUAUAUUCCACAAACUGUGAUUAUGGCAUGGGUUAAUUAUUUCUUUGCUGGGUUUGUUGUUAUGAAAUUGCCAUUUCCUUUAACUGAUGGAUUCAAGAAUAUGUUACAAAGUGGGGUUAACACUCCGGACUUGAAUGUUAGAUAUGUAUCGAGUAUUUCAUGGUAUUUUGUUAAUUUGUUUGGGUUGAAACCUAUUUACUCUUUGUUGAUGGGUUCAGAUGAAGCUGCAGAGUUGAUGCAACAACAAGGUCAACAACAACCACAAAUGCCUAAUUUGGGUGGUCCUGGUGCUCCACAAGCUGAUAAGGUUUUCAAAGGAGAAGCCGAAAACAUUCAAAUUUUAUCCCAUAAGAGUGUUUUUGAUGGUGUUGUCGAUAGGUUCAUAGAGAGAUAUAGUUGA